AUGGGUGCACACCACGUCUUUCUGCAGUUGUUGCAUGCCAAAGGAGGAGCAUUUGGUACCAAGAUGCAUCCUCUCCUGAGCACUGUAAAUGAGGACAGAAUCCAGGUGGUAAACGGGGCGCUAUCCAUCAGCAGUCUGACCCUGUCAGAUACUGGGAUGUACCAGUGUAUCGCUGAGAACCGUCACGGCCGGGUGUUUGCCAACGCUGAACUCAGAGCCAUUGCAGUGGCACCAGAUUUCUCCAAUAGUGUGCUAAAGGCACAGACAUUGGCUCGGCAGGGUGGCGAUGUUUUGAUUGAGUGCAGGCCUCGCAUGUCCCCACGCGGGAUGAUCUCCUGGAGGAAGGGCAAAGAAGCCUUGCGAGAGAGCCACAGGUAUUUUUACCAACCCAUUUCCCUUUGUCUGCCAAGAACCUGUUUAUUAAAGUGAUACAGACAGAGCAAUAUGAUUCAGGUCAGGCAGAGAG